CAUCACAUCCUUUUCUAGUGUUAGCUUAAACUCUAGUAGGAAGUAGCUGUCAAUGCCGGGCGAAUGGUGUGGGGAAAGUUUACCAUUAUAUACACAUUAGCUUUCCUGCAACGCAGAUGUUUUCUGAACUACUAUGGACUGAUUAGACUUAGCUCUGCUGCUAACGUUAGCUUCACUGUAAGCAUUACAGUAUUUUAUUUUAGCUGUCAACGUUUGUUUUCCAAGAUUUUGUGUUUAUUUACUAAUAAGUCGGACCGGAAAAUCCUGUUUCAAGCUCACCUUCCAGAUUGUUCAAGACGGACUUUAACCAGGUCACUCACUAUCAUGCACGUUAAAGAAGAGAUUAUAGGCAUUUUAAAGCAGUUUGACAUAGGAGGUAAGUUUUCCUAUCUGCCAGUGCUGCCCAGAGCUUCUGUGCUGAUCCCGCUGUUCGUGAGGAGUGGGCGGCUGUACACCUUGAUGACGCUACGUUCAAAAGAGCUGAGGACCAGUGCUGGUGAGGUGUGUUUCCCAGGUGGAAAGAGAGACCCCAGUGACCAUGAUGAUGUGGACACAGCUCUAAGAGAAGCAGAGGAGGAGAUAGGUCUAUCGCCUGAUGACGUUCAGGUGGUCUGUACGCUGUUCCCAAUCAUUAAUAAGACCGGUCUGUUGGUGACCCCAGUUGUUGGCUUCAUAGAGGAGUCAUUUUGUCCCAGUCCAAACCCAGCUGAGGUCAGUGCUGUGUUCACAGUCCCAUUGGACUUCUUCACCAGCAAGGAAGACCACCACUCUACAUAUGGUGUCGUUGGGAUGUCGGGGCUGCUGCACUCAUUUUAUUUUGUGGACACUGAUUCGGGAAGCCAAUAUCACAUAUGGGGAUUGACUGCCUUGCUGGCCAUCCUGGUUGCUGUCCUUGCUCUUAAAAAGAAACCCGAGUUUGAAGUUGGCUUUGACUCCGAGGACCCAAUAGCAUUCUUCCAACAGAUCCUACACAGAAGAAUCAGUAAACUCUGAACAGCUUUUCCACAACACCUGAAGCCCCAUUUAAUUUACUGUAUAAUUUCUAUGAAUGUGUGUAAUAAUUGUUUGAAAGGAUGUAUAUAAACUUUCCAGAGUGUGGUGAAAAGAUGCAAAUAAAAAGAUAUUUUCAGUUUUUCAAAAUUCAUUUAAUGUAGCAGCAGGAUUACAGAUAUAAACAAGGAGUAUACAAAUGUCCAGACAAAGGCAAAAUUACAUGUUAAUAAUAGUUCAGAUGUAUGAUAACACGCCAGGUUUGACCUUUAUCCCUACUGCAGGGUCUUAAGGCUAGAUACUAAAGCUCAAGCUACACAGAACGGAUACAACAGAACUGUUGGAGAAUGUGAAAUAGAAGCGAACUAGGAAAAGUGAGCAAACUGAUUACACACAA